AUGUACGCUGAUCUCGUGGAGAAUGGAGGGCGGAGGUCUGUGAAGGAGCGCCUUAAUGGGAAUGGUACUAGUGGUCUUACUCGGCUGCAGUUAGGUUUUGAAUUCGGUUGUGGUUUUGCCUUACAAUCCAAGUCAUGCAGAGAUGAAAUGCUCCAUAUUGAAAGCAACGGUGGAGGCAAGGUGGCCCCAACAAGCAUGCAAGAUCUGAGGUGUCAGAGUGCUAAAAAUGCUUCUUCUGGCCGUGCACACCAGAUAGGUAGCACUAGUAAGGAGGUGAAGGUGAAGAGAGGGAAAAGGACAGCUGCUAAACCAUCAAAAAGUUGGAGCUUGACCCUGAGUUGCAGAGGAAGAAGAGAGUUGUUGGCUAUAAAAUAUAUGUUGCAGAAGGCAAAAUGA